UUCAUCAACAUACGCUUUAUUUAUUUAUUUUUUUGCUACAGAUCCUCUGAUUUUUAGGUAAUAUUUGCAUCCUUUGUAAACACGUCUUUCAUUUGCAUCCAUGUGGUUUCUUAAGCAUUUUGUUAGGAAAAAAAAAAUCUCAUUUUUAAAUAUUAUAUAGUUUUGGUGCCUUGACUUUGUUUCUUUUUUGGCGUAUGAGCAUAUUGACUUUGUUUCCCUUUGUGGCGUAUGAGUAUAUUGCCAGAAAAAAAAAUUGUAUAGAUGGAUGAGUUUCAAGAUUGUGAUAUGCCAAGGUUAAUUGCUUUUAGUCUUUUCGUUUUUGUUGAAAAUAAAUAAUUUAUCAAGUUAAAAGUAUGAAUUACUUUUUUCUGCACGAAAUGGUUAUAGCUAAUCUUUUUCUGCGUGAAAUGAUACUAUUACGUACCUACUUUUUAGGGAAUUUGUGUUGUAGCUAAUAGUAUUUUUAUUUUCUUUCACGUAAGAAAAAUUUUCUUGGUUGGGAUAUGGACUCGUCUGAGAAAGAGGGAAGUGGGGCAACGGGCUCUCUUCCCCCUCCCCCGCCUCUGCCCCCCAAUGUGGUACCAAUCAAAGCAGAAUCUGAGCCUGCAAAGGAGGUUUCACGUGUCCCAAUGGCCGGGAAAGCUUCGCAGUUGGGGACUUUCCUGAAGUUUGAUGAGGCUCCUGAGACAUCCUCAAGCCGUAGUGGGGCGACUGCUCCUGAGACAUCCUCAAGCCGUGGUGGGGUGACUGCUCCUGGAGCCACACCUGUUCGGCAGCUGCCGUGGUUGAACAGGACUGUCGCCGAUUCUAUGUUCUUCUGCUGAGACCUUCGGACCAUGCUUUCUAUAGGCUUUUGGUUUUACCACCAACUGAUCUGAA